GGACACUUAGCAGCAAAAGAAGAGAGUGAGGACACUUGGAGCCACAUUUCACAUUUAAUAGACGAGGAAGACGAAGAAGAAGUAUACAACAAUGACGUCCAUCGGGGGUUUGAUUACUGGUGUCGAUGUGAGAAGCCGCGAGAACAACGCGAACCACCGCACCAAGGAGAUCGAUGGGCAGCGCUUGAUUGUCCGCAGGGGUCAACCUUUCUACAUAACUGUGCAGUGCUCUCUGCCUUUCGGACACGAACUGGAAGUGGUCCUCCACCUUGGAAAGAGCGAGGAUGUGGUGAUCAAGGCUCAGAGGGGGUAUGGGGACAGAGACAAGUGGUGGUUUUACCAGGAAGGAGCGCACGAUGCAAUGCUGCUGACUGUGCACAGUCCAGCGGACGCUAUCGUUGGCAAGUACCGCCUGGCUGUGCUGGUCACCGCGCCGGACGGACGCAUUGUGGACAAAGUGGACAACACUUGGUUCCACGUGCUUUUUAAUCCGUGGUGCAGAGAUGACGUGGUGUACCUCCCUGAUGACGCUCUGCUCCGGGAGUACGUGAUGAAUGAAGAUGGAAUCAUAUACAGGGGGUCCUGGGAUUACAUCGGAAGCAUUCCCUGGAAUUAUGGACAGUUUGAGGACAAUGUGAUGGACAUCUGUUUCGAGGUCUUGGACAACUCCAAAGAUGCCCUAAGAAACUCAAAGAUGGACAUUGAACGCAGAUCUGACCCCGUCUAUGUCAGCAGGAUAAUCACAGCGAUGGUGAAUGCUAAUGGUGACAGGGGUGUGGUGGCCGGGCGCUGGCAGGAGCCGUAUGCUGAUGGCAUCGCGCCGUAUCGAUGGACCGGCAGCGUACCCAUCCUCCGCCAGUGGAGCAAGUACGGGGCCAAAGCGGUUAAAUACGGGCAGUGCUGGGUGUUUGCUGGUGUCGCAUGCACAGUGCUGCGCUGCCUGGGAAUCCCAACGCGCUUCAUCACCAACUUCAACUCCGCCCACGACGUCGAUGGAAACCUCUCCCUAGACUACAUACUUGAUGAGAGUGGUGACAGCAGAGACAGCAGCUGGAACUUCCACUGUUGGGUCGAGUCCUGGAUGAGGAGAGAAGAUCUCCCCAAAGGAAACGAUGGCUGGCAGGUUUUGGACCCCACCCCUCAAGAACUCAGCGAGGGUGAGUUUUGCUGUGGUCCGUGCCCCGUGACGGCCAUCAAGGAGGGAAAUCUUGCAAUCAAGUACGACGCUACGUUUAUCUUUGCUGAAGUGAACGCUGAUACCGUCUACUGGGCCAUCGGACCAGAUGGCCAGCGACACAAGGUCAGAGUGGACCAGAGCAGUGUGGGGAGGAACAUCAGCACCAAAAGUGCUCAUGGUGACUUUAGAGAAGACGUCACUCUUCACUACAAGUAUCCUGAAGGUUCCCAGAAGGAGAGAGAGGUGUUCAUGAAGGCGGGCCGUCCUGUCACAGAGCCGGACAACGGGAUUACAGAACCAGAACAACUGCAGCUGUCAAUCCAGCACAAUAAGCCUGUGUUUGGGACAGAUUUUGAUGUUGUUAUUGAGGUGAAGAAUGAAGGCGGUAAAGACGCUCACGCUCAGCUGACCAUCCUGGCCAUGGGUGUGACUUACAACUCCGCCCACCAUGGAGAGUGCAAGAAGCAGACAUUCACUCUGACUGUCCCGGCUUUCCAAUCCCACAGAGAAGUGAUGCGUAUGCACUAUGACGACUAUGCCAGGUGUAUCUCUGACCUUAAUGUGGUCAGAGUGAGAGCACUGUUAGAGACUCCGAGACAAAACACACCAGUAAUGGCAUUGGCCAACAUCCCAUUGAGCAUGCCGGAGGUCAAGAUUUCGGUUCUUGGAAAGGCUGUUGUGCGGGAAGAAUUGGCAGUGCGCAUCACCUUAGUCAAUCCUCUUCCAGUCCCACUGAAGGGCGGUGUGUUCACUGUGGAAGGUGCCGGCCUACUGUCUCCCAAUCAGAUCGUCGUUGCUGGAGUUAUUGACCCAGGCCAGAAGGUGACGGUGAAAUUCUCUUUCACCCCAAGGAGAAGUGGGGUGAAGAAGCUCGUGGUGGACUUUGACUCUAACAGACUGAAGGACGUGAAGGGAGUCACCACUGUGGUCGUUAACAAGAGGUGCAAGCCUGUGUUCCCUGGAUACACUGUAUGUUACUAAAACCAGUACAUGUCCAGCAGGUACCCCAGUUAAUGACGCCGAUUCUGAUUUUGAUCAUAUUCUGGGCUUCCGUUUGCAUUAAGUGAAUCUGGUUAUUUUUAUCCCUGCAUGUGUGAUGAAUAAGUAUCUCAGUGCUUUUUGCACAGGUGCCUAUGAUGUUUAUGAUACAAAUCAUGUUACCAAUCCUGUGGCCUGUUUGCCACAGACCUCAGUAGCAUUUGAAAUGUUUUCCCAUCUAAGCUGCCAUGUAGUAAUUGUUUUGUUACAGAAAGACAGACGUCUGUUUUUUUUACUUGCUCCAGCUUUUGUUGCUGCCAUCGUUUGAGUUUCUGUCACAACACAUGUCUGAACACGCUCAGAAAUCUCACCGCAAUUUAUUUUCUGAGAGCUGGCUAUUAUGAUUGGGUGUCUCAAAAACUGAAUAACGAGUUAUCCGGGAUUCUGGCUUUGAGAUUGAAAUACAGUAUAUGCAAUAACUGGAUAUGUCAAAAAACAAAAACAAAACAAAACAAAAAAACUGAUCAUGACUGGGAUACUCAAGUACAUGUAAACAUCACUCCCUUGUGAUGAGUUCAGUGUUAGGAAGAACUUCCCUGUUUGAAUGUAAAUGAGUAUCAAUGUAAGUUUUAAUUAAAUGAUUUGGAACAUUUAAGUUUUGUUGAUAUGCACAAUACACUGGACAUAGUAUUAACUUCAAACCACUAUGCUUUGUGUCUGCAACAUGAUUCACAGAACCACAGUCUCAGCCUGGCACUAAAUAUGCAUUAUAUAUUUUGCUUGUUGCGCCAUUUCAUGUCUUGCAUUUUCUGGCCCUUGUUAAGUAUCUGAUAACACAAUAUGUGUAUGUUUGUUUCAUCUUUGCACUUUCUUUGUAAUACCGAAAAUAAAAAUAACAUAAUUGGACGCAUUUUCAUAACAAUGAAAGUGAAAAUUCUGCAUAUUGUGAUUUCAAUAAACAUUUUUUCGAAAGCA